GAGUCCCUGCUGGCCCCGCCCCCUGCUGGCCCCGCCCCCUGGGAGGUGGCUCCUCCCCGCGGAAGCCCGGCUCCUUCCUCCGCCUCGCCCAGACCAAGGCUGCUCCUGCUGCUGCUCCCGCUGCUGCUGGGUGGCCUUUUGCGCAGCCAGGAGGAGGAAAAGACAGACAGGUUGUAUUGGUGGCGGUGCCAUGAGCUCCCACCCGCGGCGCAUCCGCCUGAAGCCGUGGCUGGUGGCCCAAGUGGACAGCGGUCAGUUCCCGGGCUUGCACUGGGUGGACGCCGAGCGGAAGCGCUUCUGCAUCCCCUGGCGCCAUGCCACGCGACACAUCCCCGCCCAGGACGACGAGAACACCAUCUUCAAGGCGUGGGCCAAGGAGACAGGGAAGUUCAACGAGGGUCUGGACGAGCCGGACCCGGCCAAGUGGAAGGCCAACCUGCGCUGCGCCCUGAACAAGAGCCGCGAGUUCGGCCUCAUCUACGACGGCACCAAGGACACCCCGCUGCAGCCCUACAAGGUCUACGAGGUCUGCGAGGCCCCCGCCCAGCCUUCCAAUGGAGACUCCUUUAUCGGAGAUGACCCAGGCUGCUGUGAAGAUGAGGAAGUGUUGCCCGAAAUGAUGCCGAGGCUGAGAAUUGCAGAUCCGUCCCAGGCCGUGGAGCCGCUGCCUCCGUACCCGUGGCUGAAGCAGGAGGCCCUCUUCCCCCCGAGCUGCGGGAACGGCUCCUUCGCCCACCUGCCGCCCCCCGAGGCCCCGGCCGUGGCCCCUCCGCUGCCGGACCCCUUCGCCGUGGCCGAGACCGGCGGGCCCAACUUCGCCGAACCCGCCGGAGUGAUGCCGUUGCCGCCGCCACCCGUUGCACCCGGAGCCAUUGAGCCGUUGCCCAUGCUGCCCAUGGAGCACCUGCUCAUCAGCCCACACAUGCUGCCCUUGACGGACCUGGAGAUCCGCUUUGCCUACCGGGGCCGGUCGGUGGGCUCCCUGACCAUCAGCAACCCGCACGGCUGCCGGCUCUUCUACAGCCACCUGGAGCCCACGCAGGAGCAGGUGGAGCUCUUUGGUCCGGUGACGCUGGAGCAGGUGCGCCUGCCGAGCGCGGAGGCCGUGCCGCACGAGAAGCAGCGCUUCUACACCCACCAGCUGCUGGACGUGCUGGACCGCGGGCUCCUCCUGGAGCUUCAGGGCCAGGACAUCUACGCCGUGCGCCUCUGCCAGUGCAAGGUCUUCUGGACCGGGCCCUGCGCCGGAGCCCUGGACGGGCCCAACCCCAUCGAGAGGGAGAAGAAGGUCAAGCUCUUCAGCCUCGAGAGCUUCCUCAACGGCCUCAUUAUGUUCCAGAAAGGGCAAAGCACCACUCCCCCGCCCUACGAGAUUUUCUUCUGUUUUGGAGAGGAAUGGCCGGACCGGAAGCCCAAAGAGAAGAAGCUCAUCACAGUCCAAGUGGUCCCGGUGGCAGCCCGGCUCUUGCUGGAGAUGUUCUCCGGGGAGCUCUCCUGGUCAGCCGACAGCGUCCGCCUCCAGAUCUCGCACCCGGACCUCAAGGACCGGAUGGUGGAGCAGUUCAAGGAGCUGCACCAGCUCUGGCAGACACAACAAGGCCAGGCAUUGCAACCACAACCACCACCACCACCACCGCCGGAGCAGGAGACCUGGCCUAUGCAACCGUGAAGGCGCCCAACGGGAAACCGAGUGAGGCAUCAUCACCUUUGAAACUUUGCAAAAUCCACAAGGAUUUCUGGACCAGUUUGGCUUCGUUCCAUCGAUCUGGGAGACACUGGGUCCGUCCCUUUGGGGUGGGGUGGGAUACGGGGCAAAGCGACUGCGAUCCACUGCCAUAAGCAAGCACAUGGAUGUUGGAUAUAUGCACGGCUGGCAAGGCAUUGUGGCAACAGAUUUGGACACUGGGAAAACUGGCCCAAUACAGAUCCUGAUGGAUGCAUUGCUGGUUUCGAAGACCGAAGGCUAUGUUUGGGUGGCGUGAGAUGGAGGGGUCAGUUGUCCAAAUGCCCUGGCCUUGGGCAUCCCGGAGACAACGGCUUGACCCGGACAUUGGACCUAAUGGACUUUGAAGUUGCUUCUUGAUGAACAGCCGUCAUGAUGUCCGGAAGAGCCAUUGCUCAAUGCAGGAGUGGGAAAUAUGG